AUGGCCUCUCGAUCGAGCCUCAUGCGCGCGCUGAGGGCGCCCACUGGUAGAGCCAAUGCCGCCAAGUCGAGUCGCCGGGUGGUUUGCGGCGCUGGACGGGUGGCCUCAGCGGCGACUUCACCUACAACUUCACCUACAACUUCACCUACGACUUCAACCCCCGCGAACAUCCGCUGCCUUUCCACCUCUCCCCACAGACUCGUCGUCGCUCCCACGCUCGCCCGCCAGGCCAAACUGACGACGCAGACAUACCCGAACCUCAAGCGCGAUCCUCGCUUCGCUACUCUCACCGACGAGCAUGUCGCCCGCUUCCGCGAGAUCCUGGGCGACAACCCCUCGGCCAUUGUCGACGGCGUGUCGGCCUCGAUCGACGAGGCCGACCUCGAGCCCUUCAACGAAGACUGGAUGCACAAGUACAAGGGCCAGACCCGUCUCGUCCUCAAGCCCUCGUCUACCGAAGAGGUCAGCCAGAUCCUGCGCUACUGCAACGAGCAGCGCCUGGCCGUCGUGCCCCAGGGCGGCAACACUGGUCUUGUUGGUGGCUCCAUCCCCGUCUUUGACGAGAUCGUCAUCAGCAUCGCCCGCAUGAACGAGAUCCGCUCCUUUGACGAUGUCAGCGGCGCCCUCGUCGUCGACGCCGGCUGCAUUCUCGAGGCCGUCGACACCUACCUCGCCAAGCAGGGCUACAUCUUCCCCCUCGAUCUCGGCGCCAAGGGAUCCUGCCACAUUGGCGGCAACGUUUCCACCAACGCCGGUGGUCUGCGGCUGCUCCGUUAUGGCAGCCUGCACGGCAGCGUUCUCGGUGUUGAGGCUGUCCUGCCCGACGGCACCAUCAUGAACGACCUGUGCACCCUGCGCAAGAACAACACCGGCUACGACCUCAAGCAGCUCUUCAUCGGCGCCGAGGGCACCCUGGGCAUAAUCACUAAGCUCGCCAUCCACUGCCCCCAGCGCUCCCCGGCCGUCAAUGUCGCCCUCUUCGGCCUCGAGUCCUACGAGAAGGCCCAGCUUGCUUUCCGCGAGGCCAAGAAGCAGCUCUCUGAGAUUCUCUCUGCCUUUGAGCUCAUGGACGGCAAGAGCCAGCAGAUUGUCUCCCUCGUCAAGAGCCAGGACAAGCCCCUCGAGGGCGACCACCCCUUCUACUGCCUCAUCGAGACCAGCGGUUCCAACGGCGAGCACGACUAUGCCAAGCUCGAGGCCUUCCUGGAGGAUGUCAUGACCCGCGAGGUCAUUGCCGAUGGUGUCGUGGCCCAGGAUGAGACGCAAAUCAAGGAGCUGUGGGGCUGGCGCGAGGGCAUCACCGAGUGCCUCGGACACUGGGGCGGCACCUACAAGUACGACGUGUCCAUCCCGCUCAAGGAGAUGUACUCCCUGGUGGAGGACACCAAGACGCGCAUGGAGGAGGCCGGCCUGCUGGGCGACACUGACGGCCACCCCGUCGUGGCCGUCCUGGGCUACGGCCACAUGGGCGACUCCAACCUGCACCUCAACAUCCCCGUCCGCCGCUACGACCCCAAGGUCGAGCAGACCCUGGAGCCCUUCGUCUACGAGUGGAUCCAGAAGCGCAACGGCAGCAUCAGCGCUGAGCACGGCCUGGGCAUUGCCAAGAAGAACUUUGUCGGGUACAGCCGAGACGACACCAUGCUGGGCUUGAUGAAGCAAAUCAAGAACCUCUAUGAUCCCAACGGCAUCAUGAACCCCUACAAGUACCUUUAG